CAUUUAUGUAAAAAACUAACAAGUUGUCGUGUGUGCAAGAGAGAAAGAGAGAGAAAUUAAUUGAAAGUGAACAGAAACCACCCAAAUUCAUUCACCCAUCUCUCUCUCUAUAUAUAUCCCCUUCACCUUUUCGCUCUCUCUCCUCUUGUUUAUCCAGCUCACAGAGAAACUGAAAUUCCCUCAAAACCCACAAAAAUUCACCCCCCAAAAAACAAUCUUCCCAACCCGAUUGGACUAAUCUCCGCCCAAUUUGAACAAUUCGAUUCCUUUUUUUAUUCAAAAAAAAAGAACAAAUGAUGUCGGACUCCUACUGUCCAGACUGCAAGCGCAACACGGAGGUGGUGUGCGAUCACGCGGCGGGCGACACCGUGUGCUCAGAGUGCGGGCUCGUGCUGGAGGCCCGCUCCAUCGACGAGACCUCCGAGUGGAGAACCUUCGCCGAUGAUUCCGGCGAUCAUGACCCCAAUCGUGUGGGUGGGCCCGUUAACCCGCUAUUGGGAGACGGGGCGCUCACCACCGUCAUCUCCCGGGCCGCCAACGGCUCCAAUGCCGAUUCCUCGCUCGCCCGCUUGCAGAACCGGGGAGGCGACCCAGACCGGGCUAUUGUGUUGGCUUUCAAGGCUAUUUCCAACAUGGCUGAUAGGUUGAGCCUUGUAACUACCAUUAAGGAUCGAGCGAGUGAAAUAUAUAAGAGAUUAGAAGAUCAGAAGUGUACGAGGGGAAGAAACUUGGAGGCUCUUGUGGCUGCUUGCAUCUAUAUUGCUUGUCGUCAGGAAGGCAAGCCACGAACUGUGAAAGAAAUAUGCUCCAUCGUUGCUGGAGCAACAAAAAAGGAAAUCGGUCGAGCAAAAGAAUUUAUAGUGAAACAGUUGAAGGUGGAGAUGGGUGAAUCAAUGGAGAUGGGUACCAUUCAUGCAGGAGACUAUUUGAGACGCUUCUGCUCCAAUCUUGGUAUGAGCAACGAAGAGGUGAAAGCUGUCCAAGAAACUGUCCAAAAGGCAGGGGACUUUGACAUUAGGAGGAGCCCUAUAUCUAUUGCGGCAGCAAUCAUUUUUAUGGUAACACAACUGUCGGAAUCAAAGAAACCCCUACGAGACAUCUCGAUUGCGACGACAGUAGCAGAAGGGACGAUAAAGAAUGCAUACAGAGAUCUGUACCCGCACGCUGCCAAGAUCAUACCCGAAUGGUACGCCAAGGAACGGGACUUGAAGAACCUCAGCAGUCCCAAAGCCUAAACUCCUUUUAUUUUAUACCCAAUCAACUCCCCCAAAUGUCAAAUUUCCUUCUCGUUUUAUAUCAUGAAUUCUUGCACAAUUCAUUCAUACACAACCCACAUCUACAAUUCAACCACCAUUAUAUUUA